UUUGUUCAUUGUAUCCUUAUAUAUACAUGCUCCGGGAGUACAUUUAUCACGGCGGCUGAUUGACGUAAACAUGGACAAUAUGAUGCAUAUAUUUAAAUUGAAAGCUAUUUUUUGGGUGCUUGUACUUUUGUUAUUGAUCAGUAAUUCUGAUUCUUCGGUAUUUGAAGUUGAUGAAGAUGAAAUCUCUAGCACAAAUUAUGGGAUUGAUGAAAUGGCUGAUAUGGAAGAGAAUGCAUGGGCAAUGGUGCAGAAACAAGGAAAACAAUUUGUGGCGAAUAAUCGGCCUCUUUAUGUAAACGGAUUCAACACGUACUGGUUAAUGGUGUUUGCUGUGGAUCAGUCUACCCGAGCCAAGGUCAGUGAAGUGUUUCAACAGGCAUCGUCUGUUGGCCUUACAGUGUGUCGAACAUGGGCUUUUAAUGAUGGCCAGUGGCGUGCUCUGCAGAAAGCACCCUCAGUUUACGACGAAGAUGUUUUCAAGGCCUUAGAUUUUGUUAUAAGUGAGGCAAGGAAGUACAAAAUCAGACUUAUAUUGUCAUUAAUUAACAACUGGGAUUCAUAUGGAGGGAAACCACAGUAUGUCAAAUGGGGUAAAGAUGCUGGCCUUAAUUUAACAUCAGACGACGACUUCUUCUCUCAUCCGACCUUAAGGAGCUACUACAAAGCACAUGUAAAGACGGUGCUUAAUAGGGUGAAUACGUUCAACAACAUAACUUACAAAGAUGAUCCGACCAUAUUUGCGUGGGAACUGAUGAACGAGCCUAGGUGUCCCUCAGAUUCCUCUGGGGAUAAACUUCAGGAAUGGAUAGAAGAAAUGGCAGUCUACGUGAAGAGCAUCGAUCCAAACCACCUAGUGGAGAUUGGGCUAGAAGGGUUUUAUGGUCCCUCAACACCAAACCGGGUUCAAUUCAAUCCAAACACAUAUGCUCAACAAGUUGGGACUGAUUUUAUCAGGAACCAUAACAUACUUGGUGUUGAUUUUGCCUCUGUUCACAUAUACGCAGACUCUUGGAUCUCACAAUCAAUCGAUGAUUCACAUCUUAAAUUCGUCAAGUCAUGGAUGGAAUCUCACAUUGAGGACGCUGAGAAGGUUCUUGGAAUGCCAGUAAUCUUCGGGGAGUAUGGUGUAUCAACAAAAGACCCUGGCUACAAUUCAUCAUACCGCGACAAGGUCAUAAGUACAGUGUACACCACUUUGCUAAAUUCAACCAAGAAGGGAGGAAGUGGAGCUGGUAGUCUUCUCUGGCAGGUGUUUCCCGAAGGGACAGACUACAUGGAUGAUGGAUAUGCAAUAGUCCUUUCAAAGACUCCGUCCAUAUCAAACAUCGUGUCCCUCCACUCGAAAAGGCUUGCUACAUUCAACUCUUUAUGUUCCUGGAAGUGCCGCUGGGGCUGCAAGAAGAAGCAUAGGUUGGAAGAACUCGAUCACCACGACGAGCUCUGAGUCGUACAUGUUCCAUCAGGUAACUCUUUUCUGAAGAUGAGUAAUGGCAAAGGACUGAUGCACAGUACAUUUGAAGAACUAUCUGUUCAAACUCUAGUAAAUGUAAAAAUAAAUUACUGCAGCUGAAUAUAUCUCAUGAACUGCACUUUGUAAUCUGUGACUUGAAGAGCUGGUUUUGUUUGUAAUGUAUAAUAUUUUGGUUGAGAA